CGCGAAGAGAGAUUGCACCCAGCGAUCCAGUACCGGGACCAGCAUUGUCGUCUACCGAGCAAGUCUGAAACUGGCGAUCUCUAUACUUUCUUCCAUUGUUCCAGAAACCUCGACGCUACCCGACUCACGACAGACAGCGACACUCUACGGGUCGAAUCGAGAAAGCCAACUAAAGCUGCCACUGCUACACCCUGACGAAAUACUGCUACCACAUACGCGAUACCUCUACACCUAAUACGAAGCAGCUGGGGUGACGGAUAUUGGACCAGCAAAGCAGACAUCGAACAAAGGGAGCUUACUUCUUUGCUAUUCAGCUCCCGUUCCGUUUCGAUAUUACACGACACACGCUACACGACUCAAGAGGACGCGACCGACUGACAGCCAGCCUCCUCCCUCCUCCGCUUAUACUCUCCUCGACCUCGACAACAGAUGCGCUGAAGCACUACGACGAAUGGCCAUCUGUCCCGCCCUCGGCCACCUCCAACCAUGAGUUCCCUCAAGUUCGUGACCUCCUCGCUGGACGUCAUUGCCGCCAAUGCCGGCAAGAAUAAGGAGCUGGCCGAAUUGGCGCAAAAGGCCCAGGAGGCCAUCAAGACGAACGACCAGCAGCUCCCCGACCCCGAGGUCAUCUUCGCCCCCCUCCGACUAGCCACCAAGUCCGGCACCAUCCCCCUAACCACCACCGCCCUCGACUGCAUCGGCAAGCUCAUCUCCUCUACCUACUUCUCCGUCCCUUCCGGCCAGUCCGCCGCGGCGAGCGAGGAUGGCCAACCACAGCAGCAAUACCCUCCCCUAAUCGAACGCGCCAUCGACACCAUCUGCGACUGCUUCCAGGGUGAGGCCACCCUGGUCGAGAUCCAGCUACAGAUUGUCAAGUCCCUCUUGGCCGCCGUUCUCAAUGACAAGAUUGUCGUCCACGGCGCCGGUCUGCUCAAGGCGGUGCGCCAGGUCUACAACAUCUUCCUCCUUUCCAGGAGUACGGCAAACCAGCAGGUCGCCCAGGGUACCCUCACACAAAUGGUCGGAACCGUGUUUGAGAGAGUCAACACAAGACUGCAUAUGAGGGAGGCCCGCGCCAACCUGAGCAAGCUGAAGCCGAGCCAGAGCAGCUUCAACGUCAACGGGUCGUCUGAUGGUCAGAAUUCCACACAAGAGGAGGGCAAUGGGGACCAAGAAGAGGCUACCCACGAAGAUGCGCAGGAGUCGCAACCACAACAUGGGGAUGGCAACGGCGAGGGUCCCAAGCUUACCCUCAAGGACCUCGAGCACCGCAAGAGCUUCGACGACUCCAACCUAGGAGACGGCCCCACCAUGGUCACCCAGCUAAAACCCAACAGGAAGCCUGCGAGGUCUGUGUCCGAACAGAGCGUGCCCGAGAGCUCCCAGGAGGACAGCCCGGAGUCGCUAGACGCCGAGGACGAAGUGUACAUCCGCGACGCCUACCUCGUCUUCCGCUCCUUCUGCAACCUCUCGACCAAGACCCUGCCGCCCGAUCAGCUCUACGACCUUCGCGGCCAGCCCAUGCGGUCCAAGCUCAUCUCCCUCCACCUCAUCCAUACCCUUCUCAACAACAACAUUUCUGUUUUCACUUCGCCCUACUGUACCAUCACCAAUACCAAGAACAACGAGCCCACCAGCUUUUUGCAGGCCACAAAGUACUACCUGUGUUUGAGUAUCACACGGAACGGGGCUAGCUCGGUCGAUAGAGUAUUUAAUAUUUGCUGUGAGAUCUUUUGGCUUAUGCUCAAGUACAUGAGGGCACCCUUCAAGAAAGAGAUUGAGGUUUUCUUGAACGAAAUCUACCUAGCCCUUUUGGCGCGGAGGACCGCCCCCUUGUCCCAGAAGCUCGCCUUUGUCGGGAUCCUCAAGAGGCUAUGCGAGGACCCCCGUGCGUUAGUCGAAUUCUACCUUAAUUACGAUUGCGACAGAAAUGUCGACAACAUUUUCCAGAGGAUCGUUGAGGACUUGUCCAAAUUUGCGACGUCUUCAACUACCGUUACGGCACUGCAGGAGCAACAGUACGAGGAGAACCAUUCCAAGUAUGGGUCCGCAAGCGAGUGGCAGAUGCGCAAUGUUUUGCCGCCACCACUUACCGUUGCCCUGAUUGCCCAGAAUACCGACACCGAUGGUGAUAUUCCCAAGGACUAUGUUUUGAAGAGGCAAGCCCUGGAUUCCCUUGUUGAGACGCUUAGGUCGCUUCUCAACUGGUCCCAUCCAGGGCGCCCAGAGGUCAUCACUACGGGAACUGGCAUCUCCGAGAGGCGGCCGUCAAGCGAUGAGAUUCGCGAGUCUAUGGACCCCUCCAUCAUGGGCGAGUCCCUAUCCCGUCUCGACACACCGACCAUGCCGUCAACACCGCUGCUUGACGAUGACCCCGACCAGCUGGAGAAGGAAAAGCAAAGGAAGACGGCUCUCGGCAAUGCUAUCCGCGUCUUCAACUACAAGCCCAAGAACGGCAUCAAGCUGUUGUUGAAGGAAGGCUUCAUCCCCCAAGACACGCCCGAGGCCAUUGCCAAGUUCCUCAUCAGCGAGGAGAGGCUGGAUAAGGCUCAGAUCGGCGAAUACCUCGGUGAGGGUGAUCAGAAGAACAUAGACAUCAUGCACGCAUUUGUCGAUACCAUGGACUUUACCAAGAAGCGCUUCGUGGAUGCCCUACGCCAGUUCCUCCAGGCUUUCCGCUUGCCCGGCGAGGCUCAAAAGAUCGAUCGCUUCAUGCUCAAGUUUGCCAACCGAUACAUGCUGGGCAACCCCAAGGCCUUUGCCAACGCCGACACCCCUUACGUGCUUGCGUACUCGGUCAUCAUGUUGAACACGGAUCUCCACAGCAGCAAGAUUGUCAGGCGCAUGACCAAGGAGGAUUUCAUCAAGAACAACCGCGGUAUCAACGAUAACGCCAACCUUCCGGACGAGUACCUCAUCAGCAUCUACGAUGACAUUGCGAAAAAUGAGAUUGUUCUCAAGAGUGAGCGGGAAGCGGCGGCUGCGGCGGGAACCCUUCCAGCACAGUCCACCGGUCUGGCUGCUGGACUUGGCCAGGCCUUCUCCAACGUUGGCCGCGACUUGCAGAGGGAGGCGUAUGCUCAGCAAUCGGAGGAAAUCGCUCUUCGGUCAGAGCAGCUCUUCAAGGACUUGUAUCGGAGUCAACGGAAGAACGCUCAGAAGAUGGGCGGCAUCAAGUUCAUCCCUGCCACCUCGUUCAAGCAUGUGUCGCCUAUGUUUGAUGUGACGUGGAUGUCCUUUUUCUCGGCCUUGUCGAGUCAGAUGCAAAAGACACAUAACCUGGACAUGAACAAACUGUGUCUGGAGGGUAUGAAGCUCGCGACCAAGAUCGCUUGCUUCUUUGACCUCAGCACUCCUAGGGAGGCGUUCAUCUCGGCGCUCAAGAAUACAGCCAAUCUCAACAACCCUCAAGAGAUCCAGGCUAAGAACGUCGAGGCCCUCAAGGUGAUUCUCGAGCUCGGUCAGACAGAAGGCAACCUUCUCAAGGAAUCGUGGAAGGAUGUUCUUCUGUGCAUCAGCCAGCUGGAUCGUCUACAGCUCAUCUCCGGUGGUGUUGAUGAGAGCACCGUCCCCGACGUCUCCAAGGCCCGUUUCGUUCCUUCACCGGGAACCGAUUCCACCGAUUCCCGCAAGUCCAUGGCCGCCAAGCGCCACCGUCCACGAUCCAACACCGCCCCCCAGGGUGUCUCCAUGGAGAUUGCCCUCGAAAGCCGAUCCGACGAGGUCAUCAAGAGCGUCGACCGUAUCUUCACCAAUACCGCUCACCUGAGCGGCGAGGCCAUUGUACACUUUGCCCGCGCCCUGACCGAAGUCAGCUGGGACGAGAUCAAGGUGUCUGGGUCAAACGAUUCGCCACGCACCUACAGUCUGCAGAAGAUUGUCGAGAUUUCGUACUACAACAUGACGCGUGUGAGGUUCGAGUGGACCAACAUCUGGGAUGUGUUGGGCGAGCACUUCAACCGCGUUGGAUGUCACGUCAAUGCCGCUAUUGUGUUCUUUGCUCUCGACUCGCUGCGUCAGCUGUCCAUGCGCUUCAUGGAGAUUGAGGAGUUGGCCGGUUUCAAGUUCCAGAAGGAUUUCCUGAAGCCUUUUGAGCACGUCAUGUCCAACUCGAACAACAUCACGGUCAAGGACAUGAUUUUGAGAUGUCUGAUCCAGAUGAUUCAGGCCAAGGGGGACAAGAUCCGUUCUGGCUGGAGGACCAUGUUUGGUGUCUUUACCGUUGCCGCCAAGGACCAGUACGAGAGCAUUGUCAACCUGGCCUAUGAGAACGUGCUACAUGUGUACAAGACGCGCUUCGGCGUGGUCAUUACCCAGGGCGCGUUUACCGAUUUGAUCGUCUGCUUGACCGAGUUUUCCAAGAACAUGAAGUUCCAGAAGAAGAGUCUGCAGGCGAUGGAGACGCUCAAGAGUAUUAUUCCCAAGAUGCUCAAGACACCGGAGUGCCCACUGUCGCAAAAGCAGAACUCGGACGCGAACGCUGCCGAGAUGGCUCUCAAUACUGCCACUAAGCCGGCUGGUCAACAGACGGGCACGUCGGUCGAGGAAGGGUUCUGGUUCCCUGUUUUGUUUGCCUUCCAUGAUGUUCUCAUGACUGGUGAGGAUUUGGAAGUACGAUCGAACGCCCUCAACUACUUCUUUGAUGCCCUACUCAAGUAUGGAGCUACGUUCCCGCUUGGGUUCUGGGACAUCUUGUGGAGGCAGCAGCUGUACCCCAUCUUCAUGGUUCUACGGUCCAAGCCCGAAAUGUCCAACGCCCUCAGCCACGAGGAGCUGUCGGUCUGGUUGUCUACUACCAUGAUCCAAGCCUUGCGGAACAUGAUCACCCUGUUCACGCACUACUUCAACCCCCUAGAGUACAUGCUCGACCGGUUCCUCGAGCUUUUGGCGCUCUGCAUCCUACAGGAGAACGACACCAUCGCUCGCAUCGGCAGCAACUGUCUGCAGACGUUGAUCCUCCAAAACGUCGAGAAGUUCACCCACGAACACUGGCAAAAGAUCGUCGACACCUUCUGCGAAUUGUUCGACAAGACCACCGCCCACCAACUGUUCAAAGCGGCCACCAUCUCUACUCCUUUGUCAGCGUCAAACGGCCUCGACUACACCAGCCAACUCAGCCCCUCGGCCGACAGCGCCGACGCCGACACCCGCUCCCUCAAAAUCAACGGCGCCGACGACGCCGCCUCCGAAACCUCCUCCAUCCACCACCAAACCCCCCACACCAACGGUGGCAUUGGCACCGAAGAAGACUCCCACUCCUCCGUGCACAACCGCCUCACGGCCUCCACCGCCCUCUCCUCGCACCCGCCCAACAGCCCCGGCGGGGGAGUAGGCCUCGAAGAAUUCAAGCCGUCCAACCCCCUCCAACAACAGCCGCCCGUCGUCACCGCCGCCCGCCGCCGCUUCUUCAACCGCAUCAUCAGUCGCUGCGUCCUGCAGCUGCUCAUGAUCGAAACCGUCCAGGAGUUAUUCUCCAACGACUCUGUCUACAGCCACAUCCCCUCUCCUUUACUCCUCAAGCUCAUGUCCCUCCUCAAGCGCUCCUACUUGUUCGCCAAGCGGUUCAACGCCGAUAAGGAUUUGAGGAUGAGACUAUGGAGGGAAGGGUUCAUGAAACAACCCCCCAAUCUACUCAAGCAGGAAUCAGGAAGCGCAGCGGUGUACGUCUCCAUCCUAUUCCGCAUGUUCGCCGACACCAGCCCCGAACGCCUGGCGUCAAAGGGCGAUGUGGAGCGCGCGCUGGUCCCGCUUUGUUUGGAUAUCGUCCGCGGCUAUGUUUCCCUGGAGGAGGAGAGCUUGGAGGCCGGUGGUGGUGGAGGUGCUUAA